AUGUUUAAUACAAUGGAGCUUUUCUUCACCGUGUUAAUGAUUCUGAAUGUGGUUACUCCCGGAUUGGGUAUCACACCAACUUUCAAUGUGUUACAAUAUGGAGCAGUUGGAGAUGGAAAAACCAACGAUUCCCCAGCCUUUCAGAAGGCAUGGCAUGAUGUCUGCCAGAGCAAGUCACAUAUGUCUCGCCUCAUCAUACCAGCAACCAAGACAUUCUUACUGAAGCCUGUUACCUUCACUGGUCCAUGCAAAUCUAACUAUACCUACAUUCAGCUUUCAGGGAACAUUGUUGCACCUAAAACAAAAUCAGAAUAUGCUGGGUUCCACACAAAUACAUGGCUUGGCUUCUCAUCUGUCAAUGGAUUAAUUGUCAGUGGAAGAGGGACAAUUGAUGCUCAAGGAUCUGCCUGGUGGCAACAACCUUGCUUAGGAAAUUCAUCACCAGGGACAAAGUGCCGUCCACCAUCAGCAUUAACACUCAAUAGAUGCUAUCGCUUUCAAUUCAAAGGAUAUACAAGUGUUAAUCCCGCAAGAAGCCACAUGACUCUAACAAGUUGCAAGAAUGGCAUCAUUUCUAACCUCCGUUUAAUUGCUCCUGGAACAAGCCCUAAUACCGAUGGCAUUGACAUUUCUGGCUCAAGAAGCAUUCAAAUACUUAAUUCUACCAUUGCAACAGGUGAUGAUUGCAUUGCUAUUAGUGGUGGAUCCUCCUUGAUCAAAAUAAGUGGUAUAACAUGUGGUCCAGGCCAUGGUAUCAGCAUUGGAUCAUUGGGAAUAAGUGGAGAGAACGACAUUGUAGAAGACGUGCAUGUUGAGAAUUGCACUUUGACUGAAACAUUAACUGGAGUAAGGAUUAAGACAGUGCAGGGUGGAUCUGGAUUUGCUAGGAGGAUCUCGUUUGAAAAGAUUAGGUUUGUUCGAGCCAAUAGCCCCAUAAUCAUUGACCAGUUUUAUUGCCCUGACAAAGUGGACUGCCAAAACAAGACUCAAGGGGUGAAGGUGAGUGAUGUAACUUACAGAGGAAUAGUUGGAACAUCAUUGACGAGCGAGGUGAUCAAUUUGAGCUGCGACCAAAAUGUGGGCUGCUCCAACAUUGUGUUUGAUCGUGUUUAUAUAUCAUCUUUAGUUGCUGGCCAGAAGGCUUUCUCCUUCUGCAAUAAUGCUCACGGAACAGCCACCCACACUAAACCAGCUCUCAAGUGCUUGCUCAAGUAG